UAAUGAAGUAAUGAUUGGUGGUGAGCGAGGCGGCGCCGGGAGGUGAGAGAUUGGCGUUGUAGGGCGGUUAAAUUUGGCGGGGCAGCAGACGACGCGACACCAGCGCCACACAGUCAGGUGAUCCUUGUUUUUGUGGGACUCAUGGCGUGUUUUGUUAGUGGUGCGGGAGUAAUGUAAGAUGUAGGCCACACCAACCGACCAUGUGAUUGCUUCAGGAAUCGAAAAAUGCAGAGUGUGUUGGUGUACGGGCGACUUUUCUCUCGAGCCGUCGCGAACGGCAUCUACAGUGUGAGCACAGGAGGGCAGGGCGGCGCGGCUCCCCACACCUCGUCCACUACUGCCUCGGCCUCCUCCUCGCCCUCGCAGGGAGUCGAGGCUGAGCCCAUUGGCACAGCCUCCAGUCACAGGAAAAAACUACGGUUCCUAACAGCAGUCAGUGGUUUCCCCAAAAACAGAACCCUAGAGAAAGUCAAGCCGGGAAAGUUCGGUGACGAUGCCUACUUUGUGGUGAAGCACGCCCAAGGGGACGUCAUAGGUGUGGCAGAUGGCGUGGGAGGAUGGCGGGCAUGGGGAAUUGACCCUGGUGAAUUCUCUCACUCCCUGAUGACGGUGAGCGAGCGAGUGGUGCGGAGUGGUCGCUUCAAAGCCUCUGAGCCAGCUGCCAUUAUUGCCCGGGCUUACUAUGAGCUGCUGGAGAACAAGACACACAUCCUUGGCAGCAGCACGGCCUGUGUGGUGGUGCUGCAGGGUGAUGCUGGCCACCUCUACUCUGCAAACAUUGGGGACUCAGGCUUUGUGGUGGUGAGGAAUGGGUCUGUGGUGCAUCGGUCCCAGGAGCAGCAGCACUACUUCAACACCCCCUUCCAGCUCUCCUUGCCUCCACCCGGCACCAACGCACAGGUGCUCAGUGACAGGCCUGAGAGUGCUGAAACAUUAGAGUUCCUAGUGAAGGAAGGAGACAUGCUGAUGGUUGCCACCGAUGGAGUAUUUGACAAUCUUCCCGAUUCUCUAAUUGUUAAAGAAAUGGUCAAGGUGCAAGGGUCUACCGAUCUACUAUUACUACAACAGGCAGCCAAUUCAAUAGCACAACAAGCACGUAAAUUAGCCUUUGAUGAAGAUUAUAUGUCACCAUUUGCAAGAAGUGCAAGAGAAAAUGGAAUUAAUGCAAUUGGAGGGAAGCCUGAUGACAUCACAGUGGUGUUGGCUACCAUAACUGUUUAGAAAAGCAAAAGCCAGUGGCCAGCAGCCUGCAGUGUGUAUCACCUUGCCCAGUGUUGUCAGAAGAAACAAGGAGGUACCUGUGAAGAUGUGCCGUCAUCAGUGUGCGAAGUAUUAAUUGAAGAUUGUCUUUUAUUAGUUUCAUUUUUUCUUAACACAUAAAUGUAUGUACACAGUUUGUGGUUGUAAAAUUAUCUUAUAUAAUGAAUUAUUUUUUGGUUGAAUACUUUGUAUAUUACAAGAUAGAUAUUUUAUUUUGACAUGCUCAAUUUUUUUGUUAAGAUAUGGUUGAUAUAAACUGCUUCACAUCAUAAAGACAAAUACUAUAAUAAUUCAGUGAAGAUUGCUACACAUAUAUAUUUUUUGUAAUAAAGGUUAUGCUAUCCAUGAAGUAAGAGUGAAACAUCAAGAAAAGUUGACUAACUCUUAAGCAAAAUCCUUUCAUGGGUCACAACAUUGACUUGAACCAAACUGAUACAUAUAAACAAAAAUUUCAAGUGUUUGUUGUUCACCCACAUGCAAUUUUCAUUCAGGAAUUUUCAUUUUGACUGUUCUAUAGAAUUUCAGUCAUAUACACUUUUCUUCACACAAUCCUCACUUGUAGAGAAAAAAAAAAAAAAAUCAAACUGAGUUUUGCUGGUACAUUUAGAGGGAAAAUUAAAUGUUGAGAUUUUUAUUGUGUAGUUGUUCUGCAUCUGAUGUAGCAGAGAUACUAAUCAUUACUGUCACAAAACAUUGCUCUAAACCACUCCCCACUUCUGUCAGGAACUAGGAGACUUGCUGAGGCAGGGUAAACAGGAUUCUUACACAGCAUAAUUCACUUCCUUUAUCUCAUAAAUCAUAUAUUUUCUCCGUGAAUGCAGUCUAGUCAUUUGCUUUGUAAAUGAGAAUAUAGUCAAUUUCACAUGUUAAUGGUUGUUGAAGGACAGAACUUUACAUGUGGUGGAAGCAGAAUCUCGGAAACCCAGACAAAACUCAUAUUGAUGGAGACGGCUGUGAGUUACAGUAGUCAGUUUAUCACAAUUGUUAUGAAAAGAGAGUAGCAGUGAAUCCCUCAUGCUUAGUAUCGUAGUAGUGUCACUUAAUACUUAUUUGGGAUUCACACUUAAAUUCACAACAGAUAUAUUAUGGUCAUGAAUGAAUAUAGCAUAUUAUGGUCAUGAAUGAAUGUUCUGAUGCUACAGAGCCCAUGAGCCAUGUGUAGGUCUUGUUUUUCUUACAUGUACAGCAUUUAUAUACAGAACCUUGUAAGAAAACAUGGCUCAUGGUUUAUCAGCUCAUGAAUUUUCUCUAUUGUGUUUUUACUGUUUCCAGUACAUUUGUAAAAGCAUGUAACACCAUUGUUCAGACCUCAAAUAUUUCAUGAAGCAGGAGGUAAAUCUUUGGUCAUAAUCAGCUGGUGUAAAGGGAAGCUAGACCUGAUUUAGUUAUAAUCAGCUUGUGUGAAGGAAUCUAGACUUGAUUUUCCAGUAAUAAUGAACAUAAAGAUUUAAGGGAAUUACAAACACAGGAAAUUAUUACUUAUAAUAUUUACUUUACUUGAGAUUUGUAAAACUCAACAGAGGUAAAAAAAAAAAAAAGAAAAAAAAAGAAAAUAAAAGUAAAAAAUCUGUAUCAGGCAAAUAUAUCCAAGGAUGUCAGGCAGUACAGGUCCAGACAGACACACUGCAGCAACAGGCAUGUUGGCAACGUACUGUGCAGCAGCCAUCUUGCAGGGCCUUGCAGGGUGGAGUUAUGGUUUGUGAUGCUAAGACAAUGCAAUAUGUAUGUAUAUUUGUAUUAUAUUAAUACAUUAUGUAAAAAAGGGUUGUG